AUGAGCGGGAACAAUAAUAACCACCCGCGCGAGGACAAAGGAAGUGGAAGUGGCGCCGCUGGUUCUGGUUCUGGUUCCUCUUCGAAUAAUCGGAAUUGGACGAACGAAGCGUUGCAUUUCUCCAAAGGCUCCGUCAGGCUCCACGAGUUUCGGAACGCGUGGGAACGGACCAUUCAAGACGCCAAGGCGAAGUUUAUCGUCGUCGGGAACGAGAGCAACAACAACGCGACAAAAAGUUCGUCUUCUUCUAAUUACGAGAGGAAUCAACACACUUCCCCCGUUUGGGGUGGAUUGCAAACGGCGUUCAGUUCGAGUUUUGAAAACGCCGCUCUCGACCGAGCGAUAUCGAUGGAAUCCAUUCGAGAGUUGGCGAAGAGGACGGUACAGAAACCAAUCAACGAAGGGUUGUUGAAAGUUGGAGAUUCGCAGUUCAUGGAAAAGUUUAAGCAACGAGCGGCGUCGUCGAAUGUUGGGAAUACCGCGGACGCGAGCGCGGUGACCGGCGGGUUGCGAAGGAGCGCGUCAAAGGCGGACGAUUUGAACACGGACGCGAAUAAGACGAUGUGGCCGUCGUCGCCAUCGUCUGCUUCGAGUGGAAGGUUGAAAAGAAGUGAUUCCAAGAAUGGCGGCGGCGAGGAAGAUGCGAAUAUUCAGAGUUUAAGCGGGAGGAGCUCGCCGUUUUCGUCGUCGCAAGAUUUGAGCGCGAUUAUCGAGAAGAACGUCAUGCCGAAAGUGAAGGAUAUCACGGAGAACAUCACGAAGAAUUUGCAAAGGCCGCCAGAAGGAUGGGACGUGUUUAAAGCGGUGAGCAGUAGUAAACCGAAAUCAUCAUCGGGAGGCGCCUCGACGCCCCAUAACAGCAGUAGUAACAAUAGUAGUAAAAAUAAAAAGUUCACCUUUUCGGGAUUGAGCUCGCGAAGGAGUUCGCAAGAGUCGUUGCGUUCGCUUUCCGAUAACGAAACAGAUAACGACGGAGGAGGAGGUGAUUUACAAGAAACGACGGGGGAAUUUGACGACGUCGAAUUGCGCGAAAAGUUCGGGAAGGUGACGUUACAAACCACCAGAAGAUUGUUACGCAAAGCGUCCUCGGAGGCGUUGGAUACGUUGAAAUCCAAAUUUACGAACCCGAGCAGCAGCGGCACCGAAACGAAAGGGGAAACGAACAACGAAAUGGUCGCGACGACAAUAACGACGCCAUUGAAAACAAAAGAAGGUGAAAGAGAACAGUUUUCUAUCGUUGGCGGUAGUUCUGGUGGUAAAAAACAAGACGUCUCUACGCAAACGACAUCUCCGCACGCGCCGCGAUCGAUCAAAGAACCCGGGAGAAAAGUCGCCAUCGUCACCACCGCGACGCUGCCUUGGAUGACGGGAACUGCGGUUAACCCGCUCUUACGCGCGGCGUAUUUAGCCCGGCGCGGAUUACACGAAGUCACCCUCGUUGUUCCGUUCAUCCCCGUCGACGAGCAGAAAACGUUGCAUCCGAACAACGUCUUUGAGUCGCCGGAGCAACAAGAAACGUUCGUUCGAAACUGGGUAAAAGAACGAUGCGGAUUUGACGUUCCAAACUUAAAGUUGAACUUUUACCCGGGAAGAUACGCGACGGAUAAGAUGAGCAUUAUCCCGGUAGGAGACGUUUCCUCUCACAUUAAAAACUCCAACGACGUCGCCGUUUUGGAGGAACCGGAACAUUUGAACUGGUUCCACACCGGUCCGCGAUGGAGCGAUACGUUUGAACACGUCGUCGGGAUUAUUCACACGAACUAUUUGGAUUACGUUCGUUUGGAAAAUCACGGAAAAGUAAAAGAAAAGGCGUUAGGGUUCGUAAAUUCAGUCGUUUCGAGAGUGCACUGUCACAAAGUCAUCAAACUUUCGGACGCCGUGCAAGAGUUUCCUAGGAGUUGCACGAUGAACGUGCACGGGGUGAGUCCGGUGUUUUUAGACGUUGGCGCGUCGAAGGCGGCGGCAAAGAGAGUGCAGUUGAUGCGCGAAGACGACGAGCUUCUCGAUAACGUUGGUUUAACCAACAGUGAACCACAGUUUGCAUCGAUCACGUCGACAACGAAAGCCUCCUCGUCCUCGUCCUCUUUGUCCGCGGCGAAACGGAAAAAGAAGAAGGAUAUCAACAACAAGAACAACGAAACGAACGAGAACGAACGAUCGGUUUUUACCAAAGGCGCGUACUUCCUCGGCAAAGUUGUUUGGGGUAAAGGCUACCACGAACUCCUCGAUUGCGUCGAAAAACACAACGCGAACGCGGAAUACGGCCAAACCUGCCCCAUCUCCAUGGACGUGUACGGCAACGGCGAAGACUUGGAAUCGGUCGAGCGAACCGCGAUGGAUAAAAAGUUACCUUUGAAUUUCAAAGGACGCUUGGACCACGCGAAUCCAACCGUCCACGAUUAUAAAAUUUUCGUCAAUCCUUCUUUGUCCGACGUGGUGGCAACCACCACGGCGGAAGCGUUAGCCAUGGGUAAAUUCGUCGUCUGCGCGAAGCACCCGAGCAACGAAUUCUUCUCCUCCUUUCCAAACUGUUUGACGUACGGCAAUCAGGAGGAGUUUUCGCAGUGCAUGAAGAAAGCGUUCGACACGGAACCGAAACCGCUCUCGGCGGAAGACGCGUACCGAUUAAGUUGGGAAGCGGCGACGGACCGGUUCUUAGACGCCGCGGAGCUCGGGCCGGAGCACAAGGAGAAGCAGCCGGGACUCUCGAAAGUUUCCGAGUCGGUGGCGGCUUCCGCGUUUUACGCCUUGAACAACAUCGAAGGCGUUCGACAAGCUUUGGGUGCGGGAAAAAACACGCACUCGAUAGAUGCGCCGGAAAAGUUAGAUUCCAAUUGGAAACCGGAAAAGUGGGAAGUCGCCGGAUUAGCCUCCUCGACGAAGAAAAAGUAA